CUGAAAAGUUGUCGCUCAAUAUCGAUAUCGCUUGAGACCCUGCAGACAACGCCCGAAAAGUUGCUCAAGGUCAUUCUCGCCGCCCCGGCGACUAAUCACAUGCUCGACGCCUACUACAAGCUCCGCCGUUAAUGUCUGGGUAUCUCAGUUGCUGCCUCCGCGGGAGCCAGUCGGUCGAUGACAGCAAUAUGAACGAGAAUUCGCGACCAGCGCAACUAUUACCGAUCGGCAUCUUCCCCGUGCGGCACAUGCUCGUCAAGCGCACCGGCCGUCCACGAUAUCUGCAUGCAGGCCCUCCGUACAACCACAUCUAUCUUGGCGAUCGAAUGUUGCGGCCUGCGCACAUUGUCACAGGUAUCUUGGACUUCCUAACGAUCCAUUCAAAGAACCCAAGGGUCCAGCGGGCGUUGUUUCUCUCACCGUGUCCACCAGCAGCUGUGCCUUCACAUGCUCCACUUCACGGCAAAGGCCACAAGAACGAUAUAUUCAGUGAUCAUGACCGGGACGAGGACAGCGACGACAGCGACGACGAUAUGUUGCAACCGACCUCAUUACCUUCGAUACCAGAAAGACUCGAGGACUGGGCCGAAAGUGCCGAAUGUUUCGAACCCGGGACCGAAGAUUUCAGCCACGAACAUACCUCAGACUGCCCCGAAGAUGCCUCAAUCUCAUCGCAGUGUUUCACAAUGUGCCCGGGUCUGCUUGAGCCUGAGAGCUGGACGAUUCUCGCGUCCUACAGCAUUUGGUCCAAUGCGCCGCUCAAAUACGCCUUGGUUCGAGCUGCGCGGUACUCAAAAAAGGAAGAUGGUGAUGAAAGGCCAUAUCGCGCCAACCAUUUCGACAUGAUCACUGAUAUCCACGGCUUUCUUGACGCAACGACCGCAAGUGAGGAUGCAUUCACACGGCGGUCCGCUCAAAAACGACAAAGGAAAUAUGACAUGAUAGAAGCACAGCUACAAAAGCUACCCAAGUCGACAGUGCUCAUGUCCUCGCAGGAAGCCCUCGCCAUGUUGAACGAACUCGCCCAAAAGACUGAUACGUUGGUCAACACGACUGAUAAAAACCGUGCUGAGGAAAUAAAGAAAAGUCGAAUAGAGUGCCUUGGUCAGUGCUCACGCCAGUCUCGCCCAUCUUCAUAGUGUAGGGC